AUGAAAGCAAAAGCAAUGAGCAGAGGAGGUCACAGGGGUUCUAGAAGAGGUUUUCGGACACCUGUUAAUUAUCCACCUAAUAAUAGUUCCGAUGAUGAUGAAAUUAACAAAAAUACUGAAACAAGUAAAAACAAGCGUCCUACAAAAUAUUCCCCUGCGAGCUAUAACUUCAAUUUGGGAAGAGGGAAUGAUGGUCCAUCAUACCACUUCCGUAAACGGUUUCAGAAGAAUAGGGGUGGACCUCCUGCAGAUAUACCUGUAAUAAGAAUCAGCCAAAGAAAAGUUGAUAAAAUAAGCUCGUUGCUCAAUACACCUGAUAUAAAAAAAUUUUCAUAUUUAUCUGAGCAUUGUAUGCCCUAUUACUUUAAACAAUUAGCUUCUAAUGAAUCAUUUGAAGAACGAUUAGAAAGGGCGAACAAAAAUAAAAUUACACAAGAUGAUGCUCUGAAUCAGGAACUGCAAUCAGAGUUUAUAAAUAAACAUGACAAUAUGACUUAUAAAACAAUGCAAAAGUCUCGCAAGGCUUUGCCUGCGUUCCAGAUGAAGGACCAAAUAUUAAAUAUUCAAGACAAUCAAGUUACAUUAAUAAGCGGUGAAACUGGAUGUGGGAAAACAACACAGGUAGCCCAAUUUUUAUUAGAUGAUGCUUUAAUGUCUGGAAAUGGCAGUGUAUGUAAAAUUGCUUGCACUCAGCCCAGAAGAAUCAGUGCAAUUUCUGUUGCAGAAAGAGUGGCAUCCGAAAGAAAUGAAAAUUGUGGUAAGGUAGGAUACCAGAUUCGACUUGAAAAAGUUAUGCCCAGAAAAUCUGGUAGUAUAUUAUUUUGCACCACUGGAAUACUUCUACAAACCUUAGAAAGCAGUCCUGUACUGCAGGAAUAUUCACACCUCAUCAUCGACGAAAUACAUGAGAGGGAUGUUAAUUGCGAUCUGCUAUUAACAGUUUUAAAAGAGAACAUUAUUCCUCAUCAAGAUUUAAAAGUGAUAUUAAUGAGUGCUACAUUGAAUGCAGAAAUCUUCUCAAAUUAUUUUGAUAAAUGCCAUAUUAUUACAAUACCAGGUUUUUGUUAUGAUGUUGAGGAAUUUUAUUUGGAGGACGUGUUAGAAGAAUUGAACUUUUACAGUUUUAAAACUGCUACAGGUCACAAUGCAAGAGAAAUAGGAAAGGCUUAUAAUGAUCAGAUAUACAAAGAAAUGUCCUCAUAUAUACAAAAAAAUAAGAACAAAUUUAGUAAAAAAGUUAUACAAGCUUUACUUAAUCCCCUCUCAGAAGAUAUCAAUUUGGAACUAAUUUCAAAACUGAUAUGGCAUAUUUGUGAUACACAGCCCGAUGGAGCUAUUUUGAUAUUUCUACCGGGACUCGACACUAUCUCCAAGUUACACAAAUCUUUGCUGAGUGAAUCUGAUAAAUAUAAUAAAUCUGUCCAGAUUUAUCCUUUGCAUUCCAAAUUAUCGACUGCAAAUCAAAAGAAAAUCUUCGAAAGUCCUCCAGAAGGUGUGAGAAAAAUAAUUGUAUCGACAAAUAUAGCAGAAACCAGCAUCACAAUCGAGGAUAUUAGAUAUGUAAUAAAUUGUGGCAAAUCCAUAAAAUCGUUUGACGCUGAUUUGAAUUUAGACAGCCUUAAGGAUGAAUGGAUAAGUGUUGCUAAUAUGAAACAACGGAAAGGUCGAGCUGGUAGGACUAGGGAAGGAAAAUGUUAUCAUUUGUUCAGUAGACCGAGGAUGACUUUGCUGAAAGAAUUUCAGAUGCCGGAAAUGUUACGAAUGAGAAUCGAGGAAGUAAUUUUGAAAAUUAAGCUCUUGCAGCUUGGAAACAUAUCAGAGUUUUUGGCGAAAGUACUAGAUCCACCCGAUGAGAAAGUUGUACAAUUUUCUAUUGAAUUUCUACAAAGAUUAAAUGCUCUAGAUUCGGAAGAAAAUUUGACUUUACUAGGAUAUCAAUUGGCACAAUUGCCAAUGGAUCCCCAAGUGGGAAAAAUGAUUCUGAUGGAUGUAGAAUUCAUAAGCGUUAAUGGAUUCAAAUUGAUUUCGGAGUUAUUGUCUGAAGAAGGUGCAUCGUAUUCGGACUAUGAAUUUGAAGAGACUUCUUCGGAUUGA